AUGAGAAAAUACCCCACAUACUUAGAUCUAUUGGUAUAUAAUGCUCCUAAACUCUCCUAUGUAGACACAUACCAUCUUUACAACGUGUUAAUUUUACUCCGAUAUUCUGUUCAAGCAGCAAAAAUGAAUAAGUUUGGAUUAUUCGGUGGCCUUUUCAUGUUAGUUUUGGCGGUGGUCGUGUUUAUGCCUGACAAGACCCUCGGCGGUUGUACAUGCGAUGCUUGGUGUCGAGGACGUGGCUAUAGAAAUGGUAUCUGUGGAGAUGGCCAUACAUGCAUUUGCGACGGAAUGGAUCGAUCUAAAUGCACGUGCGAUGCUUGGUGCCGGGGACGGGGUCGUCGUGGUGGUGUCUGCGGUGAUGGGCAUACAUGCAUGUGCUAUGGCCGAGGAAAGCGAUCUGUGGCAAUGCCUGAACAUGUUCUGGAAGACGGACGUGAAGUUUUCGUUGUAGAUAACACCGACGAGGACGCCAAUCAUUUAGGUGAUGAUCAAGCAAAUCAAUCCACGAAUCAAUUUUGA